GUUUCCCGCGGCCCUCAUUGCCACAAGUCGCGUCGACGAGGAAAGGUGAAGCGGACGAGUGAGGCGAGAGAGAGUGUGUGAGAGAGAGAGAGAGAGAGAGAGUGAGGGCGAGAGAGUGGAAGAAGUGAAGAAGGAAAAAACAGGGAAGGACACGAAGUACAUCACGUUUAUUCGACAUUAUCCCAAGGAAUUUUAAAGAUCCACCAAAAUGAGCUCGAGCGCGUGUUACAAAUGCAGCCGAAUGGGCCACUUCGCGAGGGAAUGCCCUCAGGGCGGCGCCGGGGGAGGCGGCGCGAGAGGAGACCGCGGCGGCCGGGGCGACCGUGACGGCGGUUUCACCAGAGGACGCGAGAAGUGCUUCAAGUGCAACCAGUACGGCCACUUCGCUCGCGAGUGCAAGGAAGACCAGGACCUUUGCUAUCGCUGCAACGGCGUUGGACACAUCGCAAAAGAUUGCCAACAGGGUCCGGAGAUGAGCUGUUACAACUGCAACAAAACUGGUCACAUCGCGCGCAGUUGCCCGGAGGGGAGCAACGACUCGGGCCGUUUCGCGUUUCAGAGUUGUUACAACUGCAACAAGACGGGCCACAUCGCCCGCAACUGUACGGAAGCGGGAGGCAAGAUCUGCUACGUUUGUGGAAAGACGGGUCACAUAAGCCGUGACUGUGACCAGGAGGACAGGAAGUAGAUGGGUGGUGGAGAUCGAGGCCGUAAAAGAGCUGCAGACAGCAUCAAAACUGAACAGGAACAAAGCCGAGCGGAGCAUCGUAAAGUAUCAGCAUCAAGCACAGCGGAGCAAAGGUUUAAAAGAGCGAGGAAGAAGAAGAAGAAAUGAGAAGAAAAGGGAGAAUGGGAGGCAAGAGGAGGAGCCCCUGAAAAUAUCGUGUGCCGUGCUCGCUUAAGGAUUUAAGAAUAAUAAAAUGAAACAAAAUAAUAAUAUUAAUUAAUAAUGAUAAUGCCCGUUAACCGUAAAAGCAAGGAACACGGAGCGCGCGUGUCUCCCGCCCCUCCAUUUGCCGACAAGUCAAAAAGCCGGGUGUCGCGAGGUCCGACGUCGAAUAACGCGAUCGCAAGGUCGAAGCUAGAGCCGCGCCGCGGACGCGAGAGCCCGAAGCCUGCUCGAGUAAGAAAAAACGUGUAAUUUCGUGUCGUUUAAAAAGGAAGGAAAAAAACAUUGCACCGAUGGCCCUGAAAACCCUCCCUUCAAGAAAAGUCCAUUCUGUCCUGAGCCCUUUACCAAUUUUCCUUUUCCAGCGCCCCCACCCCCCCGGCCUCUUUCUCUUUUUGCCGACCCGACCGGAGGAGUUCGAGUCGAAAGAAACCGUCCUGGGAGAGCCGCGAUGUACUUUUCGCGAGGUUUCCUCGGCUUCGCGCGUGUUUCACGGCCCUCGAGAAUUCGACUUGAUUGUUUUUAUUUCUCUCCCUUUUUCUUUUUUUGUUUUGUUUCUUUUUUCUUUUCUUUUUUUUUUCUUGGCACGAGUAUUGGAUCGAUAAAUAUUGUUCAAUUUUUUUUCUAAGAAAAAUGAAGAAAAAAGCGCACUCGCGAGAUUCGGGGGAAGCAAAAUAGUGGCUAAAAAUAAAGAAAAAGACGUAAAAGUUGAAAAGAGCACUUGAAAAGGGGGAAAAAGCUUUGGACAAAAUGACACGUUCUUUCGUGCGGAAGCGCGGAUCGAGGCAGUUGCGAAGACGCCGUUUUUAAGAGGAAAAACUGAAGAAUUUUUAGGGGGUAAGAGAGAAAAGGCCGAAACGUCUAAAACACCGGCGUAGGACGGGACGGGAAAUUAGAGAAAGAAAUGACAGUCGAGUCGAGCGGCGUCGGAAAGCGAGCGACAAAACAAACCUUUUUUUCUUCACAUUUUUCUUCUCUCAGGGAAAGAAAAAUCAUUUGAGACUUACACACACUCACACACACACACACACACGCGCGAAAGCCACAGAAGACUGAAAGGAAGGACAGAAUUUAGGUUUUCUUAAGGAAAUAAAGAGAAAUGAAAGAAAAAAAACACGUGGGAGCGAGAAAACGAAGGAAGUGAGCGGGGAAGUAAUGUUGAAAUAAAUAAAAAUGGUUAAUAGAUCGAGAAGUUAGGAAUUGUGAUGACGAACGCGCGGCGAGAAGGAGGCAGAGCGAGAGAGAGAGAAAUACCGGCCAUUUUGAGGCCUCGGAAAGCCGCCCGGAGCUCUCGAGACGGCCCAAAUCACUGACGACAAAACGCGAUAGUUUUUGCUCCCUGGCCGAAACAGUUAACUCAAUAAAUUUCGUAGAGAGCAGCCAAUUAAACACCGAACCACGACAACUGAGAAACUAAAGUAGCGAGAGAUACCGAGUUGUGCGAGAGUUCCUGGAAUGCAUACAAAAGAGAAUUUAGUAACGUCGUGAUUUGCUUAAAGUGUGACGAACCCAACUAAUAAUCACCCCGACCAAUUUUACUUCUCACACUCUUCUUACCUUCGAUCUCGACUCCUGUCAUCCUCCAUUACGAAACCCAAACGUUUUUUUUCGAACCCCCUCUCCCCCCCCCCCCCCUGACUGACAACUUGAUUGAUAAUUCAAUAAAAAUACGUUUUUGACACUUUCUUCUUCACACCUUAAGUAAAAAACAUCGUUACUAGAUAUAUAUGUAUAUAUGUGUGCAUCAUGUGUAUAUACAUAUAUGUACACAUGAAUGUGUGCAGGAGCCGUAUUUUGUACUGUAAAAAGCUUAGGUCUUAUACUCUGGUCGUUGCUGGUAAAAAAAAGUCGAUUUUUCCGAUCAUCAUGGGGCGAAUGGUAUAUAAACAAAGCUAUAUAUACAUUAUACAAAUAAAACGAAUAAUAAUUACGAAUAUCGUAAUUUGAAAUGUUUUUUUCUACUAUUAUGAUAAUACGGUCGAUAUUGCCUGAAAUUAGGAUCUCUCUCUCUCACUCCCGCUCAAAAUUCUCCUUUUAUAACCUCAAAUUUGGCGAAAACUCGGGGAAGACAGUUGGCGAAACUUUUGACAGUUUCGGCUCGUCUUGCCUUGCACUCUCGAAAACUUAGUUUUUUGUUUGUUCGUUGAAGAUUAUUGUACAAAUUUGUGCACUCCGAAUAAUAAUCUCUUUCGUUAUUGCGACUUGGGGAAAAUAAUAAAAUUCUCGUGCCCCGAUUCGCUCGAUCGCACGUUCAUCUCUUGUGGACUAGAGCCACGGAAACGAACGAAUUGUACCGAGGUUAUUUAUGCAUUUCAAUGUCCUUUACGCGAGAGCGGGGAGAGAGUCUGUGUGGUGGACUUGUCCGAUAAUUGAUAAUAGUUAUUUAGGCAUAAUGCAGCAUUCACGAUUGUAUUUACGGCGUUAUAUGAGUAUGAAUAAAUGACUUUACGGUCGACUAAACAUA